AUGGGCCACUAAAUCAGUUUGUGUCAACUCUUCAUCUGUCACGGCAAACGCAUCAUUGAAAAUGGACAUCAAUUCGAUAGCUUUAUCCGUCAGUUGCGAUCUCUGCUUUAUUACUUCGAAGAAAUCAUCAAACUCUUUGUCGUCGGUCUUUGCUUCCGUUGUACACACCCAUUUUUCUACCAAUGCAGCACAAGAUCCGGGCGGCUUCUCGGCUCAUGCUGCUGCCGUCACAGCUUUCGCUUGCGACUGUGGGGUCCGACAAUCUCUGGCCACGUGGCCUGGCUUCCCACAAGCAAAGCAUGGGCGCGACUCUUUUCUUGCACCAUUUUUGCCGAACUGUGCGUUUUUGUUUUUGGUGCGACUGAUCCCAGUUGA